CAGGUUCUCUCGGGGCGGGGUACGCUCCACUGAACUCCGGAACGCAUUGUCUUUGAGGGCGACACCCUGAACGCUGCCCGCGGGAAGGGGACAGAAUCCCCCCGAGGGGUGCGCGGAGCGCAGCGGGCCGGCAGCCCCGAGGCCAGGGGUGAGGUCAGGGUGGCCUGGGGGCCGGGCCCGGACGUGGCCUGCAGACUCAGCGCUGGACGAGCGCACUCACACAAAAGAGGCCGGAAAGUGGCGGGAGGAAGCGGGCGCGUCACGGGGGCCGCAGCUGGGAGCCUGGCGCGCCCGCCCCGCCGCGUCCCAGGUACACGGCCCGCUCGCCCCGCCGCUCCGCCACCGCCACCGCCACGACCGCGGCGCCGCCAAUGAGACUCCUUCCGCUCCUAGUGGGUUUUUCCACUUUGCUGAAUUGUUGCUACACUCAGAAUUGUACCAGGACACCUUGUCUCCCAAAUGCAAAAUGUGAAAUACGGAAUGGAGCUGAAGGCUGCUAUUGCAACAUUGGAUUUUCAGGAAAUGGUGUCACAAUUUGUGAAGAUGAUAAUGAGUGUGGAAAUUUAACGCAGUCCUGUGGUGAAAAUGCUAACUGCACGAACACAGAAGGAAGUUACUACUGUAUGUGUGCACCUGGUUUCAGAUCCAGCAGUAAGCAAGACAAGUUUAUUACUAAUGAUGGAACCAUCUGCAUAGAUAUAGAUGAAUGCAAUGAAUCAUUUGCCUGUGGAGAGCAUGCAAUGUGUGAAAAUGUGGAUGGUGGAUAUUACUGCUCCUGCAAGGAAGGUUAUACAUCCACAGGAAACUCACAGUUCACACCUAAUGAUGGCACUUAUUGCCAAGAAAUUGUGAAUCCAGACUGCCAUUUAGAUAAUAUCUGUAUUGCGGCGAAUAUUAAUAAAACUUUAACAAAAAUUAGGCACAUAGAAGAACCUGUGGCUUUGCUACAAGAAGUCUAUAGAAAUUCUGUGAAAGAUCUUUCACUGACGGAUAUAAUUACAUAUAUAGAAAUAUUAGCUGAAUCAUCCCCAUUACUGGGUUAUAUGAAUAGCACGAAUUCGGCCAAGGACACCCUUUCUAAUUCAACUCUUACUGAAUUUGUAAAAACUGUGAAUAAUUUUGUUCAAAAGGAUACAUUUAUAGUUUGGGACAAGUUGUCUACAAACCAUAGAAGAACUCAUCUUACAAAACUGAUACAUGCUGUGGAGCAAGCUACCUUAAGGCUAUCUCAGAACUUUCAAAAGACCACUCAGUUUGAUACUAAUUCAAGUGAUAUAGCUCUCAAAGUUUUCUUUUUUGAUUCAUAUCACAUGCAGCAUAUUCAUCCCCAUAUGAAUAUGGACGGAGAUAAUAUAAAGAUAUUUCCAAAUAGAAAAGCUGCAUAUCAUUCAAAUGGCAGUGUUGCAGUUGCAUUUUUAUAUUAUAAGAGUAUUGGUCCUCUAUUUUCAUCAUCUGACAACAUCUUAUUGGAACCUCAAAGUUAUGAUAAAGCUGAAGAGGAGGGAAGAGUCAUCUCUUCAGUAAUUUCAGUCUCAAUUAGCUCAAACCCACCCACAUUGUAUGAACUUGAAAAAAUAACAUUUACAUUAAAUCACAUAAAGACCACAGAUAAGUAUAGGAGUCAAUGUGCAUUUUGGAACUACUUACCUGACACCAUGAAUGGCAGCUGGUCUUCGGAGGGCUGUGAGGUGACAUACUCAAAUGAGACCCACACCUCAUGCAGCUGUAACCACCUGACACAUUUUGCAAUUUUGAUGUCUUCUGGUUCUUCUAUUGGUAUUAAAGAUUAUAAUAUUCUUACAAGGAUCACUCAACUAGGAAUAAUUAUUUCACUGAUUUGCCUUGCCAUAUGCAUUUUUACCUUCUGGUUCUUCAGUGAAAUUCAAAGCACCAGGACAACAAUUCACAAAAAUCUCUGCUGUAGCCUAUUCCUUGCUGAACUUGUUUUUCUUGUUGGGAUCAAUACAAAUACUAAUAAGCUCUUCUGUUCCAUCAUUGCCGGGCUGCUGCAUUACUUCUUUUUAGCUGCCUUUGCAUGGAUGUGCAUUGAAGGCAUCCACCUCUAUCUCAUUGUUGUAGGAGUCAUCUACAACAAGGGAUUUUUGCACAAGAAUUUUUAUAUCUUUGGCUAUCUCAGCCCAGCUGUGGUAGUUGGAUUUUCAGCAUCAUUAGGAUAUAGGUAUUAUGGCACCACCAAAGUAUGUUGGCUUAGCACAGAAAACAACUUUAUUUGGAGUUUUAUAGGACCAGCAUGUCUAAUCAUCCUUGUUAAUCUCUUGGCAUUUGGAGUUAUCAUAUACAAAGUUUUUCGUCACACUGCGGGGUUGAAACCAGAAGUUAGUUGCUGUGAGAACAUAAGGUCUUGUGCCAGAGGAGCCCUUGCUCUCCUGUUCCUCCUUGGCACCACCUGGAUCUUUGGAGUGCUCCAUGUUGUACAUGCAUCGGUGGUGACAGCUUACCUCUUCACCGUCAGCAAUGCCUUCCAGGGGAUGUUCAUCUUCUUAUUCCUGUGUGUUUUAUCUAGAAAGAUCCAAGAAGAAUAUUAUAGAUUGUUCAAAAAUGUCCCUUGUUGUUUCGGAUGUUUGAGGUAAACAGAGAGAACUCUGGAUCAUUAUUGCUACACAGAAAUAAAGAAGCCAAGCUGUGGAUGGCCAGUGUAUAAAAAUGACUCAAACAAAUUGUCCAAUUGUUAAUACUAAUCAAAUAUUUUAAGUCCAUUUUUCUGUUUACUGUGUAAGAAAUGUAGAUAAUACGAGAUAAAAUUAUGUACCAUAUAGCUAUAGUAAGCUUUCCUACAUGACUUAGUUAGCUAUGUCAAAAAUAGUAUUGCAGAUAUUUGGAAAGUAAUUGGUUUCUCAGAGUGAUAUCACUGCACCCAAGGAAAGAUUUUCUUUCUAACACAAAAAAUAUAUGAAUGUCCUGAAGGAAACCACUGGCUUGAUAUUUUCUUGAUUCAUGUUGCCUUUGAAACUAGUCCCCUAUCACCUUGGUAAUGAGCUCCGUUACAGAAAGUGGAACAUAAGAGAAUGAAGAGGUAGAAUAUAAAACAGUAAAAAGGGAAUGAUGGUUGUAAUGAUGAGACAUAUUUUGAACAAGCUCGUUGUUUUGUAAACUAGAUGGGAAAUUAGAGAUAAAACAAACAAUUGAAUAAACACAUCUUACCAUUCUGUGAAUUGUUCUGAACUUAAAUUUUUACCAAAACAACUUAGACCUGUAUUUAUUAUAUCCAUUUUCUAUUCUAAUAGUCUAUAAAAACACAAAACUUCACACACACAAAAAAACUAAACAUUUCUGUUCUGUUUUUAGGUUAACAUCAGAAUGAGGUAUAUGCUCUUUCUAUACUUAUUUCACAGAUUGUGAUUUCAAAUGCUUAUUCAGUAGUACAUAAAUGUGUCAAAAUAUAAUAUUGUUCAUGCCUGUAAAUGUAAAAAUUGUGUAUAUAAACCUGAAGUACUCUGUUCCAUAACCUUUCAGUGUAGUGAAAAAUAUUGUAUCUCAUUAGACUAGCAUAUUUGAGUUCUUUAUUUCUUUUUAAUUUUAGAAAUAUUGUAGUUCACAUCACAAUAUUCUCUUUCAAUUUACUAUUUUUAAAAGGGCAUUGUAAAUAUGAAAGUAUUCAUAAAGUUAAUUGCUAUUUUUUUCUGUUCAGAAAAGUACACAUUUAAAAAUGUUAUUUAUAACAAAGAAAUCACUGGGAACUGUAUAAACUUUCACACUGGAUCUAUUUUCUGACAGUUUUCCUCUAUUAAGGCAUAUCUGCUAAAAUGUAAGGCUUCUAUCUAUCUUCAAAUUUUCUCAUUAAAAUGUAGAAGCAGUGAUUUUACUUCAAAAAAAUAUGUAAUUGUUCUACACCUACCUGUAAAAGUGUGCCAAUACACUAAAUGUUGUGAUUUGAACUUAAUUUCUCCAGCUGUUCAAGUGAAGUCUGUCACAUCUUACACUAACAAAUAAAAUGAAUCUUUCUACUGCUUGACUGAGGCAUUUCUCUAGAAAGAUGAGCUGCCUGCCAAUGUCUUAAACAUUUUUAGAGUAUUUGUGAUAACUUUUUAUUUGAUCUUUUGAUCUCUUAUAUGACCUAUUAUUAUAAUUAUCAUUAUAGGACAGUGCUAUUGGAAUAAGAUACUAAAAAAGUAAUCUGUUCAAUCAAUGUAUACAAAUUAUGUGUGGUGGGCAGAAUAAUGGUCUUCCCAAAAUGCCCACACCCUAAUCUUCAGAACACAUGAAUAUGUUAGGUUACGUGGAGAGGAGAAUUAACCAGCUAACAGCUAGUCCUCUAACUUUAACGUGAGGAAAUUAUCCUGGAUUUUUCAGGUUGGUCCCAUGUAAUCACAAGUUUCCUUAUAAACAAAAGAUGGAGGCAGAAGAGGGAGCCUGUUAAAGCAGUGCCGUACGAGGCAUACUCAACCACACAUUGCUGGCUUUGAAGAUGGAAACAGUCCACAAGCCAAAGAACAUGGGCAGCUCCUGUAAUCUGAGAAAGGCAAGGAAAUGGAUUCUCCCCCAGAGCUCCUAGAAGGAAGUCAGCCCUGCUGUACUUUUGUUUUAGCCCAGGGAGACCCAGUUUGGACUUCUAACAUCUAAAACUGUAAAACAAUAAAGGUAUAUUGCUUUAACCACCAA